AUGGCAAAACGAGUUUCAACGGAUGAAAAGCUUGAAAAAAUAGUCAAUUUCUUUAAAAGUACACCCGAAAUAUACUCAAUCAAGGACUUGGAAAAGAAAAUACCGAAAGAGUGUGGAGUAUCAUCGAUGCUUGUUCCUGAUUUACUGAAGAAGCUUCACGAUGAAGAUCUAAUCUCGGUGGAAAAAUGUGGAACAUCCAACAUCUACUGGUGUUUUCCCUACAAUAAACAUCAUUUCUACUCCUGCGAGACUGAAAAGGUAGCUCUUUCAAUUGAAGUGUUCAAAGAGGAAAAUAUGAAAAAGAUGGAACAAAUAGAAAAGAUGAAGGUAUUAAAAGAAAGCACACCAGAGAGGGAAAGUCUCUUAGAGGAGUUCAAUACGUUAAAGAGGGAUGUAUUGAUAAUAGAAGAAGAGAAUAAGCACAAUGCCGAAUGCUCUGUUGAGGAGUAUGAAAAGUUCAUUAAGGAAAUUGAAGAUAUGAAAGAAAGUAUCAAUAGGAUUACUGAUAAUAUCUUUACUAUCCAGGGACAUGUGUCAUCUAAGUACGGAGUAUCAAGGAAGGACUUUAAUAGAAAUUUUGAUGUUGACGAUGAAAUGGACUAUAUCAACACGUCAUAG